CCACAGCCAUGAAAGUAGCCUCAAUAAUUGCCCUUGUGGCGGGUAUCGCCCCGUCUGACUCCUUCCUGGCCCCACAGGCCGCUCUUCGGGCCUCAUCGUUCGCGAGCAGGGUGCCGACGGCUGUCUCGGAAGCUGCUGGCUCGCCUGCAGCUCCUACCCGAACGGCCGUGAGCAUGAUGAGCAAGAGCGUCGACCUGACGGGCAAGGUAGCGUUUGUGGCUGGAGUGGCGGACUCGUCCGGGUACGGGUGGGCCAUCUGCAAGGCCCUGGCAGAGGCGGGCGCGACGGUGACGGUGGGCACGUGGCCGCCGGUGCUGGGCAUCUUCGAGAAGUCGCUCAAGAGGGGGACCUUCGACGAGGACAUGAAGCUCGAGGACGGGUCCAAGUUCGAAAACGUGUACCCCCUAGACGCCGUGUACGACGUACCCGAGGACGUGCCGGAGGACGUCAAGACCAACAAGAGGUACGCCGGGCUGUCGGGCUUCACCAUCCAGGAGGUGGCCGAACAGAUCAAGGCAGACUACGGCACGGUGGACAUCGUGGUCCACUCGCUCGCCAACGGUCCGGAGGUGACGAAGCCCCUCCUGGAGACGUCGAGGAGAGGGUACCUCGCCGCGUCGUCUGCCUCUGCAUACUCGAUGGUGUCCCUCGUACAGAAGUUCGCCCCGAUCAUGCCCAAGGGCGGCAGCGUGGUUUCGCUCACGUACAUCGCCAGCGAAAAGGUUAUCCCCGGGUACGGUGGAGGCAUGUCCUCGGCCAAGGCGCAGCUGGAGUCAGACACGCGCGUGUUGGCGUGGGAGGCGGGGCGGGAGUACGGCGUGCGGGUGAACACCAUCUCCGCGGGGCCCCUCAAGUCCCGGGCGGCGUCCGCCAUCGGCAAGGAGAAGGGCAAGAAGACGUUCAUCGAGUACGCCAUCGACUACAGCAAGGCUAACUCUCCCCUGGGACAGGACCUGUACAACGACGACGUCGGAAACGCGGCGCUAUUCCUCUCGUCGGACAUGUCUCGAGUCAUCACGGGCACAACCAUGUAUGUGGACAACGGGCUCAACACCAUGGGUCUCGCGGUCGACUCGGAAUCCAUGAAGAAGGACUAG